UCCCAACAGUUAUAUUAUAAUAUAUUUGAUGAAAUAGAAUAUCGUACACUAGACAAAAGAACAACUAGGAAACCUCUGAAAGCACAGAGAGUGGGCGUGGUCACUGGGCGGGGGAGCGAAGCGUCGCGUGUCACUGUAGGGGCGUGGUCUGCUUCGCCCCGGACGGCCACGCGACGCACUCAGGUCAUUAGGCGAGGUCUGCUUUGACCAGAGUGACCGGAGGCGGAGAGGACCCGGGGGCGCAGAGGAGGUGUGACUCGACCGGCGAAGGAGGAUCGUGACCAUGGGGAACAAAGUCGUCGCUUUCACGGAGGAACAACUCGAUGAAUACCAGGCCUGUACCUUCCUCUCAAGAAAGGACAUCUUAAGGGCGCAGCGCAUGUUCCGGCAGCUGAGUGAGUGCCACCUUCCCCCUGUGGUGGAGCGCGAGUGUGCCGCCUCUCUCACGGUGCCUUACGCUGCGCUCGACACCCUGACGGAACUCAAGGAGAACCCCUUUCGACGGCGUGUGUGCGAAGUGUUCAGCACCAACGCAUCGGCUUCACUCACAUUCGACCAGUUCCUAGAGAUGUUCUCCGUGUUCAGCGAGCACGCACCGAGGGACAUCAAGGCCAUAUAUGCCUUCAAGAUAUAUGAUUUCGACGGCGAUGGCUUCCUCGGCGAGUCCGACCUCCUGCACGCCGUGAAGCACCUUUCCCACGACCUACUCACGCCCGAUGAAUACAGCACUAUUGUCGCUAAGGUGUUGGAGGAGGCGGACGUGGACUGCGACGGCCGCCUCUCCCAGUCCGAGUUCAUCCACGUCAUCCUCAAGUGUCCGGACUUCGUGCCUAAUUUCCACAUCAGGAUCUGAGUUAUUUCAGCGGUCGUAGGCAAACGGAGGAGCAGCUUAGCCGGAUAUUUUUUCUUUUGCUAUUUAUUUUACUGUGUUUAUAAUCAGCUAUGGGUAAAC